AUGGUUCAGGCCCUGCUGGAUGCCAAGGGUGGUCUUUGGCUCACCCAGGCUUGGGUGGCUCGGUAUAAGGUUAAACUUUUAGAGAACCCUGAAGUUACCCUGCAGACCUGCCCCUCCCUUAACCCAGCCACCCUUUUGCCAGAGACAGAGAAGCGGGAACAUGACUGUUUAGAUGUAAUAGAUGCCCAAUACUCCAGCCGUCCGAACUUAAAGGACCAACCACUUCCAAAUGCAGAGUGUGAGUGGUACACUGAUGGCAGUAGUGCUGUUGUAGAUGGACAAAGGAGGGCGGGCUAUGCUGUUGUGACCCUCCACAAUACCGUGGAAGCAGAGGGUUUGCCUGCUGGAACAUCUGCUCAGCUUGCUGAACUAGUAGCCCUGACUCGUGCGCUUGAACAGUCAAAAGGAAAACGGGUCAACAUCUUUAAUGACUCUAAAUAUGCAUUUGGAGUGGUACAUGCACAUGCUGGCCUGUGGAAGCAAAGGAGACUGCUAACAGCCCAAGGCUCUCAGGUCAAGCAUGGGUAUCAGACCCUCCGGCUCCUAGAAGCCGUACAGCUCCUCUUAGAGGUAGCAGUGGUGCACGGUAAGGCCUAUCAAAGGGAAAAUCAAGAUGUGGCCUGGGGUAAUGCCAGGUACACCAAAUAUUUGCAGCCUUUUCCGCUGGAUGCCCCAGUCCACUCCUUGCAGCCCAGUGACUCCGUGCUUGUUUGUACCUGGAAGGACGAGCCUCUCCAAGAGAAGUGGAAAGGACCCCACACCAUCCUGCUGGUUUCCCAUACAGCAGCAAAGGUUGAGGGACACAAAAACUGGAUUCAUCACUCUUGUCUGAAAGCAGUGCCCGCUCCUGAACAGUGGACCGUCCAGCCUGCUAAGACAACUUCCAGCAACGAUUUGGGACUUAAGCUGUUAUUUAAGUGA